AAAACAAUCACACACUUCACGUCACCAAACAUAUAUCAACAUAUAUACUAAUUAAAUACUUUAUUAUUUUUCAAAUCCCUCCAUAUAAUAAAAUACUAAUAUGUAUGUAUCAGCAUUUUGUAUUUUGUUAAUUUAUUUCUUGUCAUGUGCAACAUCAAGUAGACCAAUUAAUCAACAUAUUGUGUUUCCAACUUUUCAUCAUAAUAAUUAAUUAAUUAAAUAAUAGUAGUUUAUUUGUUUACAAGUCAAAAUUAUGAUAACAUCAAGAACUAGACUCUUCUAUUAUAAACUGUGGAAAUUCUCAUAAAGAAAAAAAUAGUGGAAGUGAACAUUAAAAAUGGCAAAGUUUAGUUCAAGUUAUGGGAAUGUUCUUCUUGUUUUUGUUCUUGUUUUAUUAUCAAAUAUUUCAUUUCAAGUUGCAACAUGUGGCUCUAUAGUAAAGUUUCUUCCUGGAUUCCAAGGACCCCUUCCUUUUCUUCUUGAAACUGGGUAUGUGGGAGUGGGAGAAAAUGAGGAUGUGCAAGUGUUUUACUAUUUCAUUGAAUCAGAGAACAAUCCUAAAGAUGAUCCUCUCAUGCUUUGGUUAACUGGUGGACCUGGCUGCUCUGCUUUGUCUGGCCUUGUCUUUGAAAUUGGUCCACUUGAAUUUAUAAAAGAGGAGUACAAUGGUAGCCUACCUAAUCUCAUCUUAAAACCACAUUCAUGGACAAAGGUGAGUAACAUUAUAUUUGUAGAUUUGCCUGUUUUCACAGGCUUCACUUAUGCCACAACAGAAACUGGUUCUCAGCGAAGCGAUACAAUACUAGUUCACCAAGUUCAUCAAUUUCUCAGAAAGUGGUUGGUUGAUCAUCCAAAAUUUCAAUCAAAUGAAGUUUACAUUGGCGGUGAUUCAUACUCUGGCAUUACUGUUCCGGCAAUUGUUCAAGAAAUUGCACAAGGAAAUAAAAAAGGAGUCCAGCCAUGGAUAAAUCUUCAGGGAUACUUGUUGGGGAAUCCUGUAACAACUGAACAGGAAAUAAACUAUGAAAUCCCCUUUGCUCAUGGAAUGGGACUCAUAUCCGAUGAACUAUACGAAUCACUGCAAAAAAAUUGUAACGGAGACUAUGCGAAUGUAGAGACCAGAAAUGUUUUAUGUUCCAGAGAUAUGAGUUCAUUCAACGAGGCUACAUCAGGACUUAAUUCAGCACAUAUUUUAGAUCCAGUAUGUGAGUGGCGUGAUGAUACUGAAAUUUCUCCAAGGAGAUCUCUAAUUAAGAAAUAUCCCUCCAAGUUCCUCACUAAAAAUCUCAAAUUGCCGCCCUUAUAUUGUCGAAGUUAUCCAUAUUUCCUUUGCGGCUUUUGGGCCAACGAUGAUAAUGUUCGCAAAGCACUGCACAUACAUAAGGGAAGUAUCGGGAAAUGGCAUCGUUGUACCUAUAAUAUACUUAAUAAGGCAGAUAUCCAUAACACCUUUGAUUAUCAUGUAAAUCUCAGUAGAAAAGGGAUUCGUUCACUAAUUUACAGCGGAGAUCAUGACAUGUCGGUUCCAUUCUUAUCAACACAAGCUUGGAUAAGAUCUUUGAACUACUCCAUUGUUGAUGAUUGGAGACAGUGGCAUACAAAUGACCAAGUUGCAGGAUACACAAGGACUUACUCUAAUCGGAUGACAUUUGCUACUAUAAAGGGUGGAGGACACACGGCCCCGGAGUUUCGCCCUAAAGAAUGUUUUGACAUGUUUAGUAGGUGGAUAUCUAAGAGGCCUUUGUAGGAAUAACCAAAAAUAAAUUUAUCUAUUAAAUUUGCAAAGAAAUAUGUGUCACUUGGCUUGGCACAUUGCAUAGAAUUAUAGCAACAUUACAACAAACAAAAAAUAUUUCAAAUGUAAGGGUGGACCAUAAAUAAAUUAAUCGAUGGGAUUGUACAA